AUAAAAUUUUAAUAAGAACAAAUACUGUCGUCCAAGAAAAGUGAUAUUCGCACAACUGUAAACAGAAAGGUGCUUUGGAGACUAAGCUACUAAAGGUCUCUGGGUAGAAGUCUGCAGGGGGCUCACCAUGGUGCAGGAGAAGAAUAACGGGAUAAACAAAGACGUGGUCCUUCCACCAAUUCAACAGAAUAGACCUGCUUUGUCCUGGGAAUUAAAGAUCAAGAAAGUGCCGAAGAUUUUACCUCCCUGUCUUGGCAAGUUCAGACCAAUUGUUGGCCAGUGCUGCCACCAGUGCACCCCAGACAGUCUGCGCAAGUCGCUUGGACAAAAGUCUUUCCUUGGCUUCCACAACCUGCUGAGUGUCAAGGAGACACACACUAGGUAUCGAGGCUGGCUGGUGCGCAGGGUGUGCUGCGUGCUGUUUGUGAGUGGAUGCAAGGUUUACGCGAGUCCUGUUAGCAACAGACUGGAGAGAGUCUGUCAGAGCAACAGGGUGAAGGAGGCGCUCACAGCAGAGCAGGAAGCACCUGAGGAGGGAGACAGCCGAGGGCAGAUCAACCGCCUCUCACCGUUCCUCCCCCUCAUUAACACCUGCAUCUCCCCAGGCCUCCUACGGUUUGUGGGCUGGAUGAUGCUGAAGACGUUUGCUUCUGUAUUUGGCGUCAUAGAAGUUAACCUCAACCAUCUGUCGGCUUUGCACAGAGCCUCACAAGAGGGAUCUCUGCUGGUGUAUGUGCAUGUGCAUCAGAACAUCAUGGACUAUGCUCUCAUCCCUCUGGUGCUAUUCUGUCGCAACCUGAGAGUCCCAUACACUAUUUGUCCCCUCCAGAUUAACAGCUCCUUCCUAAGAUCAAUCCUGCAGAAAUUAGGUGUGAUCCUCCUGCCACCUUCUGCACAGACUGAGCAGGAUGCUGAGAUGGACAGUAUGUACUCACCUGUCGCGACCACUCUGGUACGUGAGCUGCUACAUGAGGGCCAGGCGAUAAGUGUUGGUGUGUCAGCGGAGUCUGGACGAGGUGGCCAAUGGCUGGCUCGCAUCAGACAGCUCAUCAAAGAGGGAUCUGUCCCCGAUGUCAGUCUGGUCCCUGUGGGCAUCUCAUACGACUGUUUGCCCAAGACAAACAAACAGGUUGGCUUAAGCUCUGUGUUGCAGUGGCUGUGGUCUGUUCUCUGGAGGAGACCAGAAGGAAGUGUGCAGAUCCACUUCGCUCAGCCUUUUUCUCUCAAGGAGAUAUGCGAGUCGGGGAGGUGCCGAGUAGAUGAAUGGCUCCCUCUACAGGACCUGUUGCUGCCUGUUAUCCUCAACAACAGAGCUGGCUGUGUGUAUGGGCGGAGAAGCAUGUCGUGGCUCCUGCCUCAUUCUCAUCAUGCAUCUGAACUCAACAAGCCAACUCCUCCAGAGAGAGACCUCAGCAUCGCCAUCAUCCUCCACCUCAUCUUCUCUACAACCUCCUGUAUGGCUGUGAUGUCCACCAGUCUGGUGUCCAGUCUUUUGCUGUACAGACACCGCAAGGGUGUGCGUGCGUCUGUCCUGUGUCGUGAUGUCGUCUGGCUCACGGAGGAACUGUUGUUCAGGAACAAAGACGUCGGUUUUGGGGGAAAUUUAGUGGAGAUUGUACACUAUUCCCUCUAUCUGCUUGCCCCUCACCUCAUCAUAGCUGCAGCGCCGUCUAGGAAAGACCCACUGAUUGUGCCGCAUCCUUCUCUUGGUGCCACACUUCACCUCACCCUCCAGGCCCAGAUUGUCAGACACACCUUUAUUUUGGAAGCUGUCGGUGCGUGUGCGGUGUCAGCCAUGCUGUGCGAGGUGGCCCGCAGUGGCGUCAGCAGCAGGGUGAGGAGUGACGGCGUGGACGGAGAGGAGGUCAAAGGUGACAUGGAGUUUGAUGUGGCGCUCUGCCAGUCCGAGCUGACUGAGAGAGCCCUGCAGCUCUGCCAUCUCCUGCCUCCGGGCUUCAUGCCACCCUGUCAGCCGUCCCAGAGUUUUGCUCUGGAUGCAGUUGACAGUCUCGUACGCUGUGGCAUCCUGAUUAUGGAAGAAAUUCCCAGGGACGUUCCCAUCUGUGAUUUCUGGAAGAGGGAGUGCACUCUGACCUGGACCACGUCUGACGAGCCUUAUCACAGUGACUCUGACUGUGAGGAGCAGGAACUGCGUUCCUACAAGAUAAGCCAGCCAAAUCAGUGUCCAGAGAUGCUCUUCUUCCUCUGCAGUAUGCUAGCUGGUCAUCUAAGGUCGCUGUGCUGGGCGACCGCUGGACUGGACCUUCUACACACACCUCUGCCAGAAGCAGAAUUUGUGGCUCAGAUACACUCCCAUCUGUGUGACACUGCAAACAAGAAGAAACAGCACUAUGAGAGCUGCUCAGAGGAGGCUGCACGCACUGCAGUUAGAACACUAAUAGACCUGGGGGUCCUUUCAGAGGAGCGGCAAAAAGGAGGCAUCUUCCUGGGUGUCAGUACUUUGUUCCAGGUAUCAGAGAACAGGCAGAAACUGCACCGCUUCAUCUCACAGUACCUCUUCAAUUAAUGUGUUUAACCGAGCAGCCUGACUCGAGGCCUUGAAGCGGUUUGUUUUGUUUUAGAGAAGUUGUCUGUUAGUGUAAAAUAAGCUUGUGUUCGGUGUUAAAUACCAGAAGCAUGCUGAGCCGGGACGCUCGUGCCUUUUAUGUUAAUUGUAUUUUGAUGUUUCCGUGAUGAGACAUUGAUUUUAAGUUUAUGUUUUGUAAUAGCAUUAGCAUAAAGCCACAGGAGGCGAGGAUUAUGAAGUCCCUGUAAUCAGUUGAAAGGACUCCGCUCGCUGCAGCUUGUGUUUACCAUGUUUAUGUUGUAAUGAAGGCCGCCGAUGUUUUUAUUUGUAAUGCGAACAUUUAGCUUAGUGCUGCUUUUUUUCUGUUUUUCACAAGUUGAUCAGUACUACUGACAAUAAACACAUUUGCUUGAGGCA